AUGCUGUCCCCACCCUCCAAAGAAAAUUUGGAAAUUCAAACAUACUCCGUGUCACCAGAAGACGAGCAGAAGCAGGUGGCCAACAUAUCGAAGGUUGACGAUGCUGUGGCAUUCUUGCUCGAAAAUGAGGGCAAAUACCAACCAUUGACGGAGGCCGAAGAACGAUGGGCCGUCAAGAAGACCGAUUUCAUCUUGCUUCCGUGUCUUUUCUGGACUGCGACCAUGGGCGCGGUUGACAAAGUUUCCCUUGGUACCGCAGCAAUCUUUGGGAUUAAGCAGAGCAACCAUCUCACUUCCCAUCAGUAUGCCUGGACCAGCUCGAUUCUCUUCUUUGGCUCGUUGGUUGGCAUGUGGCCAAUGUCGUACUUGGUGCAAAAGUACCGGCCAGGAAGGGUGAUUGCCUGUGCUUCCGCUUUAUGGUCGUGCUUCACGUUGUUACAAUGUGCCUGCCAUAACUUUGCGGGUUUGGCAGCCUUGAGAUUCCUUAUGGGUUUUGUCGAGUGUCUGAUUGUUCCUCUGUGUAGUUUAAUCAUCUCUGUUUUCUAUUUGAAGAAAGAAUCUCCCCACAGAACCGCCUUGGUAUUUGCAUUCAUGUCGUCGGUGAUCAAUGGUGGGUUGUCGUCUUUGGCAUCAGUUUUCGGCAACGCAAUUCCUACAUGGAAGUACAUUUAUUUGCUAGUGGGUAGUAUUUCGUUUGUGUGGUCUUGUGCUAUGAUUUUCUUCUUACCAGACUCGCCAAUAAAUGCCAAGUUUUUAACCACUAGAGAAAAAGUGUUUAUGGUUAGAAGGGUGGCAUCAAACUCCACCGGUGUUGCCAGCAACACUUGGAAAUGGGACCAAGUUGCCGAAGCUUUUAUGGAUCCAAGAACAUACAUUGUUAUGAUGUUUAACUUAGGCAUUAACUUGCCAAAUGGGGCCCUUUCAACGUAUUCUUCCAUCAUUAUCAAAAACUUGGGCUUCUCCUCAGUGAAAUCUUCACUAAUGGGUAUUCCCACCGGGGUCAUUGCCACCAUUGCCACGGUUUUCUUCACUUGGUUGGGGGCUCGGUGGACUAAUCGUCGUUCGGCAUCUGCAAUGCUCUCUUUGAUAGUUCCAAUUAUUGGUGGGAUCGUUUGUUACUGCUCGCCUCACUCUAACACUGCUGCUCAGUUGGUUGGCUUAUAUUUUAUGUACUUCUAUUUUGCUUCAUACGUCGUCAUGACUUCACUUGUUCAAGCCAAUACUGCUGGUAAUACUAAGAAGGCUGUCACUUACGGGUUCAACUAUUUAGGUUAUGCUGCAGGCGCGAUUACUGGUUCUCAAAUUGACACCACCAGCUCGAAGAAAGUUUUCGCGGCCAUGUUGUCAGGUUAUUGUAUUUGUAUGUUUUUGGCUCUUGUAUAUUGGAUUGUCACUGCUUGGAUGAACAAGAAGAAGAAGGCUGUUUUGACAGCUGAAGCCGAAGAGACAAAUGAAAAAGAAAUAGUUCAUGUUGAAGGGCUUGAACAGGACCAAAUCUUGGAUAUAACUGAUUUCCAACAGAAGCAUUUCUUUUAUAUCACUUAG